AUGGGAAGGCAAGACAAUUCAGAAGGAGAAGUUUUGAAAAUGCAUGACUUACUACGACAAAUGGGUCAGGGGAUUGUUUUUGACGAAAACAAAGAUCCAGUAAAUCGUAGUAGACUAUGGAAUGUCAAGGAUGUCUGCCGUGUAUUGGAAAGAAAAGAGGAUGUGAAAAUGAGCCCUACAGCAUUCUCAAAGAUGGACAAUCUGCGAUUUCUUAAAAUAACACAUUUCUAUGCCGGCAGAAAUGACAUUGAUUACAUCGAAGAAGAAGUGCGCAAAAGGUUACAUUGUCCUAAUGGGCUUGAGUCAUUUGCUUCUUAUGAGAGAAGAUAUUUUCAUUGGGACUUCUACCCUUUGAAAUAUUUGCCAGAUGAUUUAAGUACAGAGAAUCUUGUUGUACUUAUUAUGCGUGGUAGCCAACUUGAGCUGCUUUGGAAUGCAGACCAGCCACUUGAGCUCGAGAAGUUAAAGGAGAUCGAUCUUAGUUUUUCUAAGCACCUUAUUCAAAUACCAAACUUGUCUCUAGCUAUAAAUCUUCAAGAUAUACAUCUUCAAGAUUGCACAAGUUUGGUUCAUAUUCCUCCAUUUUUUCAUAAUCUCAACAAGCUUCGGUCUCUAGAUAUGACAAAUUGCAAAAAUCUGGAAUAUGGCAUAGAAAACCUUCCAAAUAGCCUAAGAGAUUUAACAAUGGAUGGGACAGCAAUUAAAAGGCUACCAGAAAGCAUUUGGGAGUUGAAAUAUCUGAAAAGGCUGCGUCUUCUUCGUUGCACAAAUCUGAGAAAGAUUUCAGAAAUCUCGAAUAAUAUGGAGUGCCUGGUUGAAAUUAUCUUAGGUAAAACAAAGAUUGAAGGGCUACCCAAGUCAUUUGAAAAUCUAACGGCACUCCAAGGGUUAGGUCUUGUAAGGUGCCAUAAGAUUAAGUUUCUCCCAAACAGCCUGUGUAAAUUAUUGCGUCUUGAAAAGUUGAUUCUUGCGAAGUGUUCAUCACUUGAAGAAUUGCCUCCACUUCCACAUGGUUUGGACUAUUUGAAUAUAACAAGUUGUAAGAGAUUGAAAUCAAUAGCAGAGCUUCCAUUAUCUCUACGUCAUUUGAAAGCAGAGGAUUGCAGAUCGUUGGAGACAAUAUCAAGUCGAUGGUCUCCACCCAAUCAUGAUUACAAUUAUUUGUUUACGAAUUGUCUAAAAUUGGAUGAGGACACACGCAACAACGUAAUUGUUAAGCUAACAUGCCUUCUUUCAUCGCCCCGUCCAGAUGAUGUGCGGUAUUUUAGUCAUAUCCUGUAUCCAGGAUGUGAAAUCCCAGAAUGGUUCAGCUAUCGAACUGAUGGUGGGAAUUCAGUUGACAUCCAUCUUCCUGAAAAUUGGUUUGAACUGCCAUUGAGAUUUGCCUUUUGCAUUGUUUUUUAUGGGUUGUGUAGUAAAAAUGGUUCUCUAGGUUUGAAUUUGGAAUACGGAUUCAAUUUCAAAACCAACACUAUUAACAGUGAUGACUGUCUUUACAGUUAUUAUUGUAACUGGUUCACCUUUCGUAUUGAUAGAGCCAUUGAUAGAGAUCAUGUGUAUAUUUUUCCCACGAUUGAGUUAAAGCCUAGAUUGUCAGAAGUGUUUGGGCCAAACUGGUCCUCCAUCUAUAGCAACAUUACCGAGGCUUCUUUCCGACUAUCUUUCCACGGUCAGAAGGAUCAAAAUAUACUAAAGGCUUGGGUGGAGGCCUUCAGAAAGAGAGUGAGCAUGAAGAACAGGAUUAACGAUUGUGGAAGUGAUGAAGAAGAUUGCCAUUCCUAUUGGGAGACUCUUGAGGAGCUCUGA